GGAUCUUCAACAACCAUGGUAACAGGAAAAAUAGAUUUUGUCAAAACCGGUCCUCACUAACUGUGCAUCGUACUUUGCAGUACUUUAUGGGGACUUCCUCGCCCGGGAGAAGGGAGAGAGGCCCAGCCAGAGGGAGGCAAAGAAAGUUCUUAGGGAUAAGAGGCCGAUGGUGGAGAAGGACAGUGGCUGUGGCUGUGCUAAUGACAGGGAAGCAUCACAAUUGGAUCUGCUGAAGGGCCAGUGUGGCGUUGUCUAUGGCAGUGGCAUUCUAGUGACAGGAACCACUCUUAGCAUGGCACCACAUUUUGGACUGUACGCUGUUGCUGCUACAUCCCUACUGAGAUACCUCCCUGCAAAGUUCGACGGGGUAACUGCGCCCAUGCUGUACUUUGGAAGCACAUACAGCUUCUUUCCUGCACAUGUAGAGGACAGCUCAUUGUUCUCGGUGAAUUACCUUCACUACGGUCAGCCAAAGGUUCGUUGUGCAGCCGUCAGCUGUGAGGACCCUGAGCUAUGCCCUAGGCUACGAGGCACGAGUAGUGGGCACAUUCCACGGAUAAUGCAAGAAUGUGUUGGGACACAAGUUAUACAGAGGGCUGGCGAGGCAGUUGUUGUGACUCCAAAUGCUGUGCAUUUCGGAUUCAACUCGGGGCACAACUGUGCAGAGGCCAUCAACUUUGCAAUAGAGUCAUGGAUUCCCUACGGGAUAGUGGCUGAGAUAUGCAACUGCUUGUGAGUACAGCAUAAUUAUGCCGCAUUUGGAACUGAUAAGUCCAUAGCCAUGCCUGUACCAACAUUGUCUGUUCUGCCAGGGGCCAGGAUGUUCACAUGGAUCUCGGAAGAGUUAUCCAGCUGUCAAGACCAGACCUGCUCCGAUCGUACAUUGAGGGCAGGAUGCCUUACGUCAAGGAUGACAGAGACUUUUAUGACUGCAUCGU